UUGGGCUGGCCCCGGACUGCGAGGGCUCAGGGGCUUCUCGCUCUCUUCCAGCCCCUCCUCGAGCUUAGGAGGUGAAAAUGGGCCGGAAAAAAAUACAGAUCAGCCGAAUACUGGAUCAGCGGAACCGGCAGGUGACCUUCACCAAGCGGAAAUUCGGGCUGAUGAAGAAGGCGUACGAGCUGAGCGUCCUGUGCGACUGCGAGAUCGCCCUCAUCAUCUUCAACAGCACCAACCGCCUCUUCCAGUACGCCAGCACCGACAUGGACAAGGUGCUGCUCAAGUACACGGAGUACAGCGAGCCCCACGAGAGCCGCACCAAUUCUGACAUCCUUGAGACGCUGAAGCGCAAGGGGCUGGGGCUGGAAAGCCACGAGCUGGAGCUGGACGAGGGGUCGGAUCCUGGGGAGAAGGCACGAAGGCUGAGCGAGGGCAUGGACCUGUCGGUGGCACGACCCAGGUUUUACAGCCCUGCGCCGCUGCCCGAAGCAGCCUACGGCAGCUCCCCGCCGGCCGCCGACGCGUCCUUGGGCAGCACCAGCGGCUCUCCGCAGGGCCAGGGCCGCCCGCCCGCCUUCAAGCCGGCAGCGCCGAAGCCACCGGGACGCUCGCCGGGACCGCUGCCCCCAGGUAUCGGCUACCCCCUCUUCCCUGCCGGCAGCCUGAACCGAGCCCUGGCCACCAAGACCCCCCCGCCGCUCUACCUGGGGGCAGAGGGCCGGCGUGGCGAAGCCCACGGCGGCUUGGCAAGCGGCCGGAGUGGCGGCAGCACGGCGCGGCCGCUGUACCCCACUCUGCAGACCCUGAGCCCCGUGCUCACCCCGGGCAGCUCCGGCGUCCCAAGCCACGGCCUCACCGGCUUCCCCUUCCUCGCCCCAGCCCAAGCAGCAGAGUUUGGGGCUGGCGAGACCCCGCUGCCCCCCGGCUUCCUGCAGCCCGGCCCCACGGCGUGGCAGCACCCACGGGACAUGGCAGCGCUGGGGGUCAGCAGCCGGAUGGUGUCCACCGAAGAGCCGGCCCCGGCCCCCAGCACCUCCCCGCAGCACCAAGCCAUCAGCAUCAAGUCGGAGCGGGUCUCCCCGGGGCUGGGCUGUCCCUCGGGCACCCCCCAGCCCCCCCUGGCCAGCCUGGCCUCCCUGAGCGAAGCAUCCCGAGGCUCCGGAGACCUCCAGCCACGGGAUGACUAUGCCAAGGGGUACCCCUACCCCCUGGGCCCCCCCCGGCCGCUGGCGGAGGAGCAGCGGGCCCCCAUCCCCACACGGCGGGCGCAGGCCAUGGACGCUUGGCAGAGAUAGCGAGGCUGAUGGGGGUGCACGGGGUGGGGAGGCCAAGCCUGGGGGAGCAGCCCCCCCCCCUCCCCAGACCCCCGGCAAGCCCCUUGUGCCCUUUGCAAUGCUGCCGGGGGGGGGUCGGCGGGGCCGCAGGGCUUCCCGUGGGGUCCCGGUCCCCCACCCUGGGACUGCAGCUCCCAGCAAACCCCCCUCCCCACCCUGGUGCCCCCCACAUGCCACCACCCCCCCCCCUCC